CUUUAACUAUCAAUUUCGCCAUGAGUCUACCUAAAUGGCAGCUAAUUAUCGUCACAUUCUUACUGUACCAAAGAAGUAUCAGAGCCCAAGAAAAUCCUUCAAAACGCAUAAGAUAUGGUUUCCCUGCAGAUCCUAAACAAUUUCCAUAUCAAGUAUUUAUUAUAGGUCUGGAGGAUUACCACUCUAAAGGCUCAUGUGGUGGUGAUAUAAUAACAAACCGAAUUGUUCUAACAGCUGCUCAUUGUAUACCCAAAAAUAUUCAUGCUGUUCAAAUUUACUUUGGAACUGUGGACAGAUCCAAUGAAUUGGAAGUCGGACAACAACGAUUGAUAGUAAAAGCGGAGCAUUCUUUCGUACAUCAAGAAUAUGACAACAGUCAACAUCUCAAUGAUAUAGCUCUCAUCAGACUUCCAGCCGAUCUGCUAUUUGACGAGUAUAUUCAACCUGCCAAGUUACCCAAUGCAGACGAACUUUAUGAGAAUAAAAGUGCAGUUGUAUCUGGUUGGGGUCUUACAUCUUAUAAUGAUCCGCAACCAAAUCACCUGCAGUAUUACAAUGUAACUGUGUUUUCAAACGAAGAGUGUAAAAAUUUAAUGAUCGCUGUUUCUAAGAUUUUUCCGACUUCAUUUAUCUGCUUGAAACCAAGUCAAAGUACUCCAUGUAGAGGCGAUUCCGGCGGUCCAUUGGCGAUUCGGAAUGAGGAUGGAAGCCACACUUUACUGGGUCUGACAUCAUUUGGUAUAACAGGUUGCCCGAUUAAAUCACCCGUUGUUUACACCCGAGUAUCAUCAUUUUUACAAUGGAUAAAACAAUACGAAUGAAUGAAAAAUUUUGUAUUUUCUAAAAAUACUAUAACUAUUUA